AUGAACUCUGGGAAUGAUAGCUGGCACUCUCCGGCGGGUGGGCCACCGGCGCACCCUGGCAUGGAUCAGAUGAACCAGCAACCUCGGCCCUUGGGGUCGUUCAGGACACGCAUCUUUUUGAUCGAUAAUGGUUUUCUAACAUUUGUUGUGUGUAUUGAAGGCCCGUAUCACCCCGCCGGUCAAUCAGGUGGCCAUUCACUCCCUGGACUGGCCGAACUAAGCCAAAGCCAUGGGACUCCGCACCAACCGCCGGCAUAUGGACAGCACCCUGCCGGUCCCUCGCAUGGAUCGGGCCAUUCACUGCCUGGACUCGGUCAGGCCAUGUCGCAUGCGUCUCCCCAGCUGAACCGAGAACGCGAGCGUGAUUCCCGAGAGCGCGAGAUUCUCGAGCGUCAGCGACAAGAAGAGAUGGCACACCGAGAACGUGAACAACGGGAACGCGAACAGAUGGAGCGCCAGCAGAUGGAGCGCCAGCAGAUUGAGCGCCAGCGCGGCGAGCACCACCCUGUUCAGAGUCACACUGGCUCCAUCCCCCUCCACCAGCCUGUAGCCUCGAAAGUUCCCAAUUCCAUUCAUGGUCCCAAUGGUCUUCUGUCAAAUCUCGGCACCAAUCCGCCCAACGGUCCAGGCAAUGUGCAGUCUUCUGGCGGACCGGCUGCCCUCUUUGGUGGUCCGCAGAUGCCGCAGCAUGGCGAAGGCACCCCACGGUCCUAUAUGCAAUACCCGGGUGGACCGCCUAUGAUGGGACACAAUGGGCAAGGGCAACAGAUUCCAGGCAAUGUCGCAGCUCUUGCUCAGGGACAACAGCCGAUUCUCAAUGCAAGUGAUCCGAUUGGACCCGCCGCAACUCUCGCGGAACCGAGCGCUAACAGUGGGUUCGUGGUGCAGGACGCCCUCAGUUACUUGGAUCAGGUCAAGGUGCGGUUUGUGGACCAGCCCGACGUUUACAACCGGUUCCUUGACAUAAUGAAGGAUUUCAAGAGUCAAGCAAUUGAUACCCCGGGAGUGAUUCAGCGUGUUUCUACACUUUUUAAUGGCCACCCAGCGCUCAUUCAAGGGUUCAACACUUUCCUGCCUCCCGGUUAUCGCAUUGAGUGCGGUACCGAAGACAACCCAGACGCUAUCCGUGUUACGACCCCAUCUGGUACCAACACAUUGAGCAUGCCCCGCGCUGGUCGUCCUUUCGAAACCACCACCAACGACAUUGGCCCCUCCAGUGGUCCCCGCCCCGACUAUUACGAGCAGUCCCGCCCCGGUUGGCAACAAACUCAGCAGCAACAGGGCCAACAGGGUCACCCGGGCUCAUAUUCUCCUGGCUCGCGUAUGAUGGGCCCAAGUCUUUACCAGCAGCAGGAAUCACAGGGCCCUGGUCAAGAGCACCACUACGGUUAUCAAAGCCAAGAACAGCAAGGCGCUGCAGCCCUGUCUCACCAGCAAGAUCACCGCGGAGUCGCCCAAUUGCAGGGCGCUGCUUCUGCUGCUUCUGCUGGCCUCGGCCGCCCUGGCAUGAUGGCGGCCUCUGGCGCUGGCCAGAACGCCAGCUUGACCCAGCCGAUGAACAGCUUGGCUGGUGUCGGUGGCAUGCUCCAAGGUGGUCAUGCCGACUUGAACAAGCGUGGACCCGUGGAGUUCAACCACGCUAUCAGCUACGUCAAUAAAAUCAAGAACCGCUUCUCCAGCGCCCCGGAGAUCUACAAACAAUUCCUGGAGAUCUUGCAGACAUACCAGCGCGAGUCCAAGCCGAUCCAGGAUGUGUAUGCGCAGGUCACUCAGCUGUUUAACACGGCCCCAGAUCUCCUGGAGGACUUUAAGCAAUUCUUGCCCGAGUCCGCAGCCCAUGCUAAACAGCAAGCGGCCAAUCGUGCAGCCCUCGAGGAGAGCAUCCCCAUCAGCAACAUGCGCGGCGGCGACCCAAUGGGUCUGUCGCAGGCUUCAAAUCGGGAUGCUAAGAACUUGCCUCCAAUCGGCUCGUUCAAGCCGCACGAUUCCGUCAAGGACAACAAGAAGCGGCGCGGUCCUGGAAUGGGUGGCUCGGUGUCGGGGCCUACUGGUACCGACGCGCGGAUCCCGGAGUCGCAGCUGCGUGGCCAACCCGCCCAGUUUGGUCACCCCAGCAAGAAAGCCAAGUAUCACCACGGCAAACCAUCCGGCGCUGACAUCCCCAACGUCUCUCCCACUCUUAUUCCCGCACUCCCUGAACCUCUUCCGCCUGGCACUUCGGUUACUCCCAACUCCGAGGAGCUUGCAUUCUUCGACCGCGUCAAGAAGUUCAUCGCGAACAAGCAAGUCUACGCGGAUUUCCUCAAGCUGUGCAACCUCUACACGACCGACUUGAUUGAUCGUUUUGUCCUGGUGAAAAGAGCAGAAAACUUUAUCGGCUCCAACGCGGAGCUGAUGAGCUGGUUCCGGCGCUUCAUGAGUGCCGACGAGACUGAAGACAGGGCGAUCGACCCAAAGCCCAAAACCGAGGCUGGGUCAGUCAACCUUGCUCACUGUCGGUCCUUGGGACCUAGCUAUCGCCUGCUACCCAAGCGCGAGCGACAGAAGGCAUGCAGUGGCCGUGAUCAGCUCUGUUUUGAGGUGCUGAACGACGAAUGGGCUUCGCACCCUACCUGGGCUUCGGAAGACUCUGGUUUCGUUGCCCACCGAAAGAACCAGUAUGAAGAUGCCCUGCACCGUAUCGAAGAGGACCGCCACGAUUACGACCAUCACAUCGAAGCCUGCACGCGUACCAUCCAACUCAUCGAGCCGAUCUGCCAACAGUUCCUGCACAUGUCCGAAGCCGAGCGCGCCAACUUCAAGCUCCCUCCCGGUCUUGGAGGUCAGAGUGAGGCCAUCUACCAGCGGGUGAUCAAGAAAGUCUACGAUCGUGCCCGUGGCGAGAAGGUUAUUCACGACAUGUUCGCUCGCCCGACACAAGUCCUUCCUGUUGUUCUCUACCGCCUGAAGCAGAAGCUCGAAGAGUGGAGGGCUUGCCAACGCGAGUGGGAUAAGGUCUGGCGCGAGCAAAUGCAGCGCGCCUACUGGCGUAGUCUGGAUCACCAAGCGAUUGCCACCCGGGCCUCGGACAAGAAGCUCUUCAUUGCCAAGAACAUCCAGCAGGACCUCCAGGGCAAGUUCGAGGAGACGCAGAACCGCCUCAAGAGCGGUCUCCCGACGAAGCGCUACCAGGCCGAGUUCCAGUUCAGCGAUGUCGGUGUUCUGUUGGACACCACCCAUCUGCUCUGCAUGUACAUCGACCGCAGCACUUCUGGUGUCGGUACGGAGCCUGCCCGGUUGAUCAGCUUCCUGAAGGAUUUCAUUCCUAUCUUCUUCGGCUUGGAUCGUGAGACCUUCCACGACUAUAUGGAUGAACUUGCCAUUGCUGCUUCGCCUGCCGAAGAGCUGGAGGAGAACUUUGGUGCGGAUGAGAUUUCCAACGCCAGCCGCAAGGUUGUCAGCACGCAAAAGCUGGAUCUCUUGCGUGAGACUCUUGAGCGCCGAGGCACCAACGGUACGCAGACCAAGGAAAAUGGUGCUCCCGCCCCUACCCAGCUUGCCACUCCCGAUGUUCGCGGCACGUCUGCACCCGCUUCCGAGCCCGAGGAUACUUUUGAUGUGGCUGAAUUGAAGUGGAUGGAGCACCCUGGCCAGGGUAACUUCCACCUGGAGCACGAGUACACGUUGAACAAAAAAUACAAGAAGAUCGUUCACCACAUGUACUGCAACCUGAACAUCCUCUGCUUCCUGCGCACAUUCGAGAUCCUGUACUCGCGUCUGCUGCGCAUCAAGGAGCAGGAGGGUGAGGCCCGGGAACAGAUUCGUCGAGGACUUCUCCCAAAAGCAGCCAACGAUCUUAGUUUGAUCGACCGCUACCCGAGCGACUUCUUCUACGAUGUCGACCCCAAGGCCAACCUCUACAAGCAGAUUGUGCGCAUGUGCGAAGACGUGAUUCGUGGCGAUAUGGACCAGGUUCACCUGGAGGAGACUCUUCGUCGCUUCUACAUGCAGAGCGGCUUCUUAAUGUACAACCUGGAGCGGAUAUUCAGUUCGAUCGCCAAGUUCGUGGCUACCAUCUUCACCGGCGACUCCCGCGAUCGCAGCUCGGAUAUUGCCAAUCUGUUCUUCAAGGAGCGUGAGAAGGACGAGGCCACGCACCACCAGGAAAUUCAGUAUCGCAAGCAGGUCGAACGCCUGAUCAAGGAGGGCGACAUGUAUCGGGUCACCUAUGUAAGUGUUCCUGGCCUAACACUGCAAUGGGCGGCCUACCCUACUAACACUCCCCCCUUUCAGCACCCCUCGGACAGCCGCGUUACCUUCCAAGUCAUGACUCCUGAAGAAGCCACCCUCGACCGCGCAGAACUUAGCCCCGAGGCCCGCUGGUCCUACUACGUCACGGCUUACUCGAUGCGCGACCCGACCGAAGGUGUGUCCAUUUCCGAGAUGCGCAUGCCAAUCCUCAAGCGCAACCUCCCCGGCAAGCUCGACGAAGACGAAGAAUACGACCGAUUCUACCGCCACCUCCAGCACUAUGACGGUCUCGUCAUUCGCAUCUGCGCCAACAAUUACACCAUCCUCUACCAGCCGUCGACCAACGACUGGUUCUGGCACUCUACCACUCCCGUCCCUGACAAGGAUGCCGAUCCCGAGGCCGCACAGGCCCAGAUCAAGUCCCAGGAGGAAGAGAAAGCCAAGGAGCAGGCGGCGCUGAAGGAGAAGCGCCACGAUCGUUUCGUUGAGAAAUUCGUCAACAACCCCAACUGGGCCCGCGGUCUGAGCAAGGACAAGGUUGAUGAGUCGAACCAGCGUUUCCGAUCCUGGCUGAAUGGAACUCUCGAGGCGACUCCGGCCCCCGCUGCGGCUGACGCCUCUGCUCCCGAGUCUGCUCCGGCCCCUGCCCCGGUCACCAAAGACGGGGACAAAAUGGACGAGGACAAGCCCGAGCAGGGCGACACCGAGAUGGCGGAUGCGGAGCCUGAGGGCGAGGCUGCCGUUCCUGCGGCCGAGGCUUGA